CCUGCCUGGGGGGGCAUAGCAGUUUUGGUGUCAACUUUAAUGAGCCUCAUUUAUGACACAGGUACACCAGGGCACGGUUGAGGAAAAAUAAAACUCUGCAGUGCAACGAAGUCUGAACCACAGGCAGCGAAUCUCACUGAGAGGAGAAUGGCCUCGCCCAUGCCCGGAGACCUGAUUGAGUUUAUCAGCGGUUGUUUCAUGCACUGGGCCGUGUGCGUGGGACCUAAUUCUGUAGUCCAUUUGACUGUCGAUGAGUGUUGGACUCUGGAUGUGGAUCUGAAUACGACGGAAACUGUCCAGUGCACCCGAACCAUGGUGAAGGAGGAAGAGUUGUCCAAGGUGGCUGCGGGGUUCAAGUACCUGGUCAAUAACAAACACGAUGGUAAGCGCCGAGUGCGAUCUCCUGAGAAUAUCGUCAAAAUGGCCAUGGAACUGGUGGGGAAGGAGUGGCCCUACAGACUCACCCAGGAGAACAGCGAGCACUUCGCCAUAGAGCUGCGCUAUGGAGAACCCAUCUGUAAGCAGAACAGACUUGGUCCUGAGCCCAUACCUGGAGACCUGAUUGAGAUUUCCAACUAUAGAUUCAAGCACUGGGCCGUGUAUGUGGGAGAUGGUUUUGUGGUGAAACUGGUUAACAUCGACACUAUGAUUCCGACUGUGAAAUCAACUUUGGCGGCGUCUGUCCAAGACACCCAACCCAUGGUGAAGAAGCUACUGCUGUCGGAGGUGGUCAGGGAGAGCGUGUACUGGGUCAAUAACAAACACGAUGGUAAGCGCCGAGUGAGAUCUCCUCAGAACAUCGCCCAAAUAGCCUCUGGCCUGGUGGGGCAGGAGUGGCCCUACAGAUUCAGCGAGAAGAACUGUGAGCACUUCGUCACGGAGUUGCGCUACGGAGAACCCAUCUCUGAAGAGAGAAUACUCUCUCCUGAGCCCACACUUGGAGACCUGAUUGAGUUUUUCCGUGGUGGGAAAUUCAACAAUCACUCGCUAGAAUAUGACCACUGGGCAGUGUAUGUGGGAAACAAUUGCGUGGUCCAUCUGACUAACCCAGACUUUAGGAAAUCAGACCCAAAGACUGUCAACACUCUGCCAGACAUAGUACCCAAAGGUGUGGUGAAGAAGGAGCUGCUGUCGGACGUGGCUGCCGGGUGUGACUUCCGGGUCAAUAACAAGUAUGAUCGGAAGUUCUCGGCACAGCCUCCUGUGGAGAUCGCCAGAAGAGCCUUAAUACUGGUGGGGCAGGAGUGGCACCACAGCACCUUCAAUCUGAACUGUGAGACAUUUGCCAUGAGGCUACGCUAUGGACAUUCCUAUUGUGCUCAGGAGGAGGAUCCCUUUGAGGUGCUGGUACAUAGCGUUGGUGUGUGAAUCAGCGAUGUUUGAGGGACUUCUACGUGGGAAACGGGAAGAGGGGACUCUCAGCCGACUCAAGCCCAGACCACUGUUGGGCAGCAGGAAUUUCCCCGCAAGUCUAUGCCGCCCGUGCUGCCCCUUCCUGCUGGCGGACAGAGAUUUAAUAAAGGGCUGGACUCCA